AUGAGAUUUUCGACAUCAACCGCCGCAGCCAUCCUGGCCUUCACGCUGGCACGCGCAGGCGCGGUGCCAGCUCCUCAGUCUGCUCCUGAUGGAGACCUUGACUUCUACCACGAUGUGGAGGGCACUGGCUUCCAGAAGCGGGACCCUGGUGAGGGCGGUGGAGGCUAUGGUAGCGGCAGAGGUGGCGGCUCUUGGCACACAGGCACAUAUGGCAACUGGCCAUCAAGAACUGGUGGCGGACAAGGCCACCAACCCACUGGCGGUGCUGGCGGUGGCGGUGGCGGCGGCAUGGGCGAAUGGGGCGGCAACGACAAGGAAGGCCAUGAAGGCAAAGGCGGCGAGGGCAAAAACUGGGGUGAAGGCAAGAACUGGGGCGAAGACAAACACCAACGCCGCAGCGACGAGGACACCAACAGGUCUUCAGAGGACCCAUCCGACCCAUACGCCGGCGUCGAAUGCAACUGCUUCCAAGACUUUGUCGAGACCGACGCCGUCAACGAGCCAACCAUCCGCUGCGGCUGCUUCCGGCCACACGGCAGCGAUAACAGCGCGCCGAGCGACCUGGACAAGCGCUAUAAAGGCGAGUUCGACAUGUUCGGCACGUGGGACUGGUGGCAGAACCAAGGCAAUGGAGAUCAAUUCGACCUCACCAUCGGCAAUCCCAAUCUGCCCUACAAAGACUGGAAGUUUGGCGUCUGGACCAAUAUCGGCGGCAUCAAAAAUAAACCCCGGGUUGUGCGUGACCUGGAGAAAGCUGCAGAUGGUAAUCCGAAGGGCGAGGCUAGGAAAUACGGUAUGCCUGGGAAGGGGAAGCCCAAGGGGCAGCGCGAGGGCCAGGCUUAG